AUGGGGACGCGCAUGAAACAAACACCGGCAGAUCGCCGGAAAGGUGAACUCGCCCUCUCUGACUUCGCAGACUAUGUCGAGAAGCAACAGCAGAAGACUCGUGCGCGGGGCAGCGAGCGACUCGGCUCCAUAGCCCCAAGCGGUAGCGGCUAUUCCACCGCCACUGGUGCGACUGCCACCGAGGACCACGCUGAGCUUGAUAUCAUCGACCAGCUCGGGCUGUCCGAUACCCCGUCUCAGGUGAAGCCCAAGGAAUGGUUGCUUGACGAAUCUGAAGAUGCCGGCGCCACACUGCAGCUGCUCACCGGUCUAAUACAAGCACGACUAGAUGAGGGCCAUGGAGAAACGCUGUUUGAGCUCGGCCUUGAAGAUAAUGGGGAGGCCAUGGAAUUUACCAGGGCUCAUUGGGAUAUCGCUUUAGCAAGGGUGACUGAGGCUGCCCACCCUCUCAAGGCCGAUGUUCGAGUGCUACUCACGUACAAUGUUGGUGGUGAUGUCGAAGCCGAGGGCAAUGGCGCAAAGGAUGACUUUUGCCAUGGCAAGCUGCUCGUCCGCCAGAGCCCGGGGACACCGGAGGAUGUGAUCGAAACCCGAAUAGCUGUGGUCGGCAAUGUCGAUGCAGGCAAGUCAACCAUGUUGGGCGUUUUAGUUAAAGGCGGUUUGGACGAUGGCCGCGGUAAGGCACGUGUCAAUUUGUUCCGUCACAAGCACGAGAUUGAGUCUGGACGAACCUCUUCAGUCGGUAUGGAGAUCAUGGGAUUCGACACUCAUGGCGAUAUUGUCGGCUCGACGGUGCCUGGUCGCAAGCUCACCUGGGGCGAAAUAGGCCACAGAAGUGCGAAAGUCAUCAGCUUCUCAGACUUGGCUGGCCAUGAAAGGUACCUUCGUACCACCGUCUUUGGACUUUUGUCGAGCUCUCCGAACUACUGUCUGCUGAUGGUGGCAGCCAAUAAUGGCCUCAUUGGUAUGUCCAAGGAGCACCUCGGCAUUGCUCUGGCUCUCAACGUUCCGGUGAUGGUGGUCAUCACGAAGAUUGAUAUCUGCCCGCCUCAGAUUCUCGAACAGACCAUCACCCAACUCACUCGAAUACUCAAAUCUCCUGGUGCUAGGAAAAUCCCGGUCUUCAUCAAGAACCACGAGCAGACUGUUACUACCGCCACGCAGUUUGUGUCGCAGCGAAUAUGCCCGGUCUUUCAGGUGUCUAAUGUCACGGGCGAGUGCCUGGAUCUUGUGCGGACGUUCUUGAACAUUCUGCCCCACCACGGUCACUACGAUGAUCAGGCGCCCUUCCAGUUCCACGUCAACGACACCUUUUCUGUCCCAUUCGUCGGCACGGUGGUUUCUGGUGUGGUCAAGUCCGGUGUUAUCCACGCAGGCGACACCGUUCUGAUUGGCCCGGACUCACUUGGACAAUUCCAAACAACCAGCAUUCGCUCCAUCGAACGUAAGCGAAUACAGGUGCCUGUGUGCUCAGCUGGUCAGUCUGCAUCAUUCGCACUAAAGCGAAUACGACGGAAGGAGGUACGAAAAGGCAUGGUCGUAUUGCCGAAGCUGGACGCUCCGCCAAGGGUGCAACGGGAGUUCGUUGCCGAGGUGCUCAUCCUGUCUCAUGCCACCACCAUUCGCCCAAAGUAUCAGGCGAUGCUUCAUGUGGGUCCCGUCAGUCAGACCUGCGCAAUCAUCGACAUAGACCGCGAGUACAUCCGGACUGGAGAUCGUGCGACCGUGGCGUUUCGGUUCGUUCAGCGACCUGAGUACCUCAAUAUUGGCGACCGCAUACUCUUCCGCGAGGGCCGUACCAAGGGUCUAGGCAUCGUGAAGUCUCUCGGCUUUGAGGAGGGAAGUUUGGGAAAGAACGCAGCCAGUCUGAUGGACAGCAACAGUGUAUCCAAUAAUGGCAAUGAGGCAGAAGCUGUGAGCAAGGGCAAAGGUAAGGAAAGGGGUGCGUCGUUUUCAGGCCACGGAGUCUCCGCGGGAUUGUCGAUUGCAAAUGGGAACUUGAAGUGA